AAAGUUCGCGGGUUCCUCAGAGGAGGUGGAGGCUCUACAACACAAACCACAGCAGCUCCACUUCACACUCACUGAGAAGAGGAACUUCACUGGCGGCUCCGGAGCAGCUCUGCGGGUCAGGAGUGUCAGGCUGUCGGUGUGUGUGUGUGUGUCUGUGUGUGAAGAAGAUGCGGAGAAGAACACAGAUGACCUGAACUUCAUUUUUUCCCAUUUUCCUGGCUGCUCUCGGUCAGGAUCUUUACACAUUGUGCAUAAUGCCACAGUUCUCCUCCGGUAAACCAAGUGAGCGCAGUCCUGAUCCGCAGCGGGAGAGGAGAGCGGACGCAGCGGGCAGGAUGCGGACUGUGUGCCCGGUGUGAGAGCAGCAGUCUGCGGAGAGAACAGCAGACUGGCUGGAUGUGCAGCAACAAGACUUUCUGCUUUCCUACAGGUUUCUGGAUCCAAAGGUCGAGUAGGAGAGAAGCGUUAUUGUUCUGGGACCGGCUGUGUGUAACGUGAAAGAGAAAAGGAAGCAAGAAGAGGACAUCCAAUGAUAACCCUCCAAUGUGUUGUACAUGGCUCUGUCAGCGGAGAUUGCUGAAGAGAGCUCUACCCGCCGGUAAAAGAGUAGAGAGGGUGAAAAUGUGAUGAACUUUAUUAAUGUCUCCCAGCUUAAUUAUGGACAGAGGCUGGUCAAGAAAUCAUAUUGCUUAAUGAGACCAUUGCUCUUAUGUUGGGAAGCUUAGGACAACUAAUUACCAAGGGAUUACUCAAGACCUUCUUCAGCACCAGGCUGCACAUGUGGUCAAAAUCUAAUGACUGUUCUGUUGGAUUUUUCGAAUCGUCAUUUCUUAUUGUUUUUUCUCUGAUGUGAUUUCUGUAUUUUUCCUCAAUCCUUUUGAAAUGGAGAUACAGUGGCGUUUAUGGAAUAAGGACUUGGCCUCCUUCAUAAGGCCGUGGAUACCCAUUCUGUUAGGCCUUCACCUGCAGUUCUCCCGGGCUUCCAACUGCCCCGAGGAGUGCCGCUGUGACCGCACCUUUGUUUACUGCAACGAGCGGAGCCUGACCUCAGUGCCUCUGGGAAUCGGUGAGGGUUAUAAGACCCUCUACCUCCACAACAACCAAAUCAAUAAUGCUGGUUUCCCUUUGGAGCUCCACCACGUGGCUUCUGUGGAAACUGUGUAUCUCUAUGGUAACCAGCUGGAUGAGUUCCCCAUUAACCUGCCCAAAAAUGUGAGGGUUCUCCAUCUGCAGGAGAACAACAUUCAAACCAUCUCCAGAGCGGCUCUGGCCCAGCUUCUUUGGCUGGAGGAGCUGCAUUUGGAUGAUAACUCCAUUUCUACUGUAGGGGUGGAGGAAGGGGCUUUCCGUGAGGCCGUGAGCCUGAAGAUGCUCUUCCUCACCAAAAACCACCUGAGCAGUGUGCCUAUCGGUCUUCCAGAUGAUCUAAAAGAGUUGCGAUUGGAUGAGAAUCGGAUUGCGGUCAUCGCAGAGGAAGCAUUUAGGAAUGUCACCCGGCUAGAGCGCCUCCUGUUGGAUGGAAACCUGUUGACAGACGAAGGGAUUGCGCCAGGGACAUUCCAGGACCUGGCAAUCCUGAGAGAACUCUCCCUGGCCCGGAACUCACUCACAUACCCGCCCCCAUUCCUCCCAGGGGAGGUGCUGGUCAAGUUAAACUUUCAGGAAAAUCAAAUAAGCCGAAUCCCUAUCAGGGCAUUCUCGGGAUUGCACAAGCUGGAGAGGCUGGAUAUUUCUAGCAACCAGCUGCAGUCGCUGACACAGGGGGUCUUUGAUGGCCUCGUCAGUCUCAGACAGCUCACUGUUCGGAACAACCUUUGGCUGUGCGACUGCAGUAUCAAAUGGGUGGUGUCGUGGCUUAAAUCUCUGCCAGCCUCGCUCAAUGUGCGCGGCUUCAUGUGCCAUAAACCUGAAAAAUUCCGGGGUAUGGUGAUCAGGGAGCUGAGUGCUGAGCUGGUCCAGUGCCCGCAGAGCACAGCGAUGACGCCCACUUCAACAGCUGAUACUGCUCUAAUCCCAUCCCUGUCAUCUUCUACAGACUCCCAGUAUGUUUCCCCCACCUCCAGGCGACCCUUCCCCACAUUCCCCACCCUCUACCCUGUGUACACAACCAGAGAGGGGGGUUUGAGGACUAAGCAACCUCUGGAUCCCCGAAAGGAGACUCUGCAGGUCACAUUUGCCAUCCUGAAUGGCUCGGCUAUCCACGUGAGCUGGGUGGCCGCCUUUCCGGUCACCGCCUACAAGGUGACCUGGGCCAGGAUGGGGCCCAGUCUGACAGGGGACACGGUGAGAGAGAGGAUAGUGGGUGGGGAUCACCGGGGGAUCCGACUGGCUAACCUUGAGCCAAAGUCCAUCUAUCGGAUCUGUGUUAUUCCCUUAGAUGCAUUCAAUAAUUACCGGCCCAAAGAUGAUACAGUGUGCACAGAGGCCAUGACCACACCAGCCUCUUUCAACCCCAAUAACAACAAAAGACCAACGGGGCCAGAGCAGGCCACGCAGCAAGAACCCAGCUCACCUUUCUUGCUGGCUGGGCUGAUCGGCGGGGCUGUGAUUGUAGUCCUGGUCAUACUCCUCAGCAUCUUCUGCUGGCAUAUGCACAAGAAGAGCCGCUCCAAGUCCUCCACCAAGUGGAAAUAUAAUCGGGGUCGGAGAAAAGAUGACUAUUGCGAAGCAGGCACAAAAAAGGAUAAUUCCAUCCUGGAAAUGACUGAGACCAGCUUCCAGAUAGUGUCACUCAACAACGAGCAGCUCCUCAAGGGAGAUUUUCGCGUUCAGCCUAUUUACACCCCUAAUGGUGGCAUCGGCUUCCGGGACUGCCCCCUGGGGAACAACAGCACAGUCUACUGCAAGAACAAUGUUCAGGAUGCAGAGUUUUGUCGCACAUGAUGGUUUUGGAAAGCAUCAGGAGCAUUUUUACUGACAACUACCCACACUUUACUGGACACUGUACAGUGUUAAUAUUAUUUGAAACCCCCGUGUCUUCAAGAAAUGUAAUUUAUACAACUGGCUGGACGAUAUCUUUUAUAUAACAACUUUGGAUUUAUAAGUUAUUGGUUUCUGAAGUUGUGCUGUUUGAGUUGACAUGUACAAUCAGGAUUCAUUUAUUUCUAAGUAUUAAGGCUGGGUCUCACUUUGAUUUUCAGUAAUAGUGAAUGAUUUUGAAGUCAUUGUAUACUGUGACCAUAGUUCAUAGGGCCAGAAUCCACACUGUAGCUGCAGUACGUCAUGAGAGGACUGAAACCAGCUAGUGAACUCAUGUAUGAGAGAGGGAAGAAAAGAGACAGGCACAAAUCAGCUACUUUCACCACUAGAGGGCAUCUUUUUUCCUGAAGUCAUACAGUCCCACCAUGCAGUUUUCAGUGUUAAAACAGUGUGACUGUUUUUAGAAGUCAUCACAGUAAUAUGGCACAUUUGUUUAAUUGCAACUUCACUUGGUUUAGAUGCAAAUUAUUAGAUUCCUGCUCUAGAAAGAGGACAUAUUUUUAUGCAAAUGGAAUUUCUCUCAACUUUAAAAAGGAAAUUUAAAGGUCAUACUCAUUAAACAUUCACAGAAAGUGGAAGGCCUCAGUGUUUUCACCUGCUUUUCAGAUUAAUACAUUACCACUGUAAAGGGGUCAUGUUCUUUGUGCUGGCUGUGUUUGAUGGUGGGUGUCAUAAGAGUGAGCAGCAAAAAAGCACAUCUAUCAUCUACUGUAUGUUGAACCCAUUAAAAAACAACUAUUUCCCUUUUUUUUCAGCAAAAAUAAUAUUAUGGUAAAACAGUAUAUAUAUGUGCCUUGAAGUUAUCAGCUUAAAAUGUCUUUUGAAUCCAUGUUUUUGCACAAAAGGUGUACUGUAUAUACAUUCAAUUGGAAUUGUUGUUGACGAAACCUCUUGCUCUUGAUUAUUUAUUUACCUCAUUACAUUUAAUUAAAACAUAUCUUAAAAUUGAAUUUACUCCUCAUGAUCUGUCCUAGAAUGUUGGCUUUCUUAAAGAAUACUCAUGUAGGACAGUUCAGUGUGAUUGUAACAGAGGUCUGGAGAGGGAAGGGUCCUUUGGGGAUGACAAGUAAAAGCUCAAAAGCCACAAAUGGAUUCCACUCAAAGCCUGCUGAACACCAAGACAUAUGAAAGCAGUCUCAUUGCAUUGAAUCUUAUGUGACUGAGGGCAUACAUAUAAAAUAAAUCCAGCCAAUGAUGUCACCUACAUUUGUGGCACAUUAUGUCAUACCUAGAUAUGGUAUUAAAAGAGUACUAAAUGACCUGUAAAGUUUUAAAAGUCACAGAUUCAAAACUGUAAUUGCUUAAAAUCAUUAUACUGUAUUUUGUGAAGCUGUCAACGCAGGGUACAGGACCACAUCUGGAACCUUUUUAAUGAGGAGUCCAGUGUGGAGGACUGUUAUAUGAACACAACAAACAUACUGCAUGUUGAUUUCAUAUUCAGGGUCUUUUCACCUAAUUUAAAAGUAAUUUCGGUAUUUGGGAAAGUGGUAACAGUACAAGUCAAACUGAAUUUCUUUGAAAUAAUUAUACUGGCCAGUACCAAUAUCAGUAUUUGAAACCAGGUAACAAUAUUUCAGCCAAUAUGUAUGUGUGUGUUUUACUUUAAUACAUGACACAUAUAAACUGAUUUGAUAAGGAUAUUAGAAAUAAUUUGGUAAUUAAAUAACUGUGACAAAGACAUACAGUGAUCACAACACUACAGCUGAAAAAAUAAACGUGU